CCGGUCCGCGAGCUGCGGAAGCUGAAAGGGCUGUGAUUAUUAGGUUGUGGCUCCGGGGUUGAUUCACCUUCACCUGGGCAGAGACCCGGGCCACCCGAAGAAGCCAGGCGAGCAGUAAAACAUGAACGGAAGAGUGGAUUAUUUGAUCACUGAAGAAGAGAUUAAUCUUACUAGAGGACCCUCAGGGCUGGGCUUCAACAUCGUCGGUGGGACAGAUCAGCAGUAUGUCUCCAAUGACAGUGGCAUCUACGUCAGCAGCAUCAAAGAGAAUGGGGCUGCGGCCCAGGAUGGGCGGCUCCAGGAGGGUGACAAGAUCCUCUCGGUAAAUGGCAAAGAUUUAAAGAACCUGCUACACCAGGAUGCUGUAAACCUCUUCCGUAAUGCAGGCUACGCAGUGUCCCUGAGAGUGCAACACAGGUUACAGGUGCAGAAUGGACCUACAGGCCAUCGAGGUGAAGGGGAGCCGAGUGGUGUUCCCAUAGCUAUGGUGCUGCUACCAGUGUUUGCCUUCACCAUAGUAGCAGCCUGGGCCUUCAUGAGAUACUACCGGCAACAGCUUUGAAAGGCUUGUUCUCUUCCAUCUCCCAGUGAACUUAACAUUUCUCUCACCUUCCUUCCCUGCCAGUCUCCCGUAUCUUUCCUUCUCUCUGUGUAGCCAACAUAUGAUGUAAAGUGAAUGAUUCCUACCACAGACUUUGCUGUUCGAAAUCCCCAAGUCUUCAUAUUCUAAUGGGAGAGUAAAGGUAUUGUUUGUAGGAAAGCUGAAGGAAAGACUUGCUUAGAACAAGUGAGGAGUUACAUAUUUCAGCAGGACUGCCAGUAGAAAUUCAGCUACUGCCCAAAGAGGGAAAGUCCAGUCUUCCUGUCAUCAUGGGUGAUACCUAUUUUCUUAGCUGGCGUGCCUUGGAAGCCAGCUGUAUGACAUGUGAGGAAGAGGGGAUUUUUCUUUUAAUGAUCUUCCUUGAGAAGUGUUUGUGGCCUUUAUUUAAUUUCUAAUUAUAUACCUUGGUGCCUGUUUGGACACAGGAUAUUGUGAAGAGCUUUUUACUUUUUGAAAAAAGCCAGUACAUGUGUACAGUAUAUAUACAUGUGCAUAUGGGAUAGAAUAAUGUUGAUGUCUUGUGGAGAAUUAAAGAGGUAAGAAAGCUACUCUGUGGUUUCUAGGUUUCUGAUCUAAGGACUGAUUUUAACUGAAGAACAUAAAAAACUAUUUGUAGAGCAUAUAUAGUGGAAAUGAGAGAGUGAACUUAAAAAGUGAAUGCCCAGUCAGAGGCAUUAACAAAAUUAGCAGCCAAAUUGAAAAUCUCAGAAAAGCAAUAUUUCUUUUCAGGAUAGCUAUGGUAAAAUUGAGGUACAGUGUCAUAAAACAGCUCUGCUUCAGUGUGUCUGUGAAAAAAAAAAUAAUAACUUGGAUUUAAAGAUGUACCAGUACCUUUGGGCUACCAUAGUGAUUUUUGUGGUAUCCCACAAUGCUGUUAAAGGGUCAGCUGGGAUGAUUGUGGUGAGGGCUUUAGCAGUGGGGCAAACCAACACAACUAGACAACUCUAGAAGGACAAGAGAUCAUGCCUCAGUUAUGUAUUACCUGAACAUUCUCAGGCUUUCAGUGUUUUUGGUUUUUAAUAACAGGAAGAACCUGAGAGAAGGCAUAAAAUCAGCUCUGUUCUGAGUUAGUUAAGAUCUGGACUGCUAGUGUUUUUGUUUUGUUUUUAACUGCUUUUAAUAAGUUAAACUGUCAGAGAAGGGGAGAAAAUUAGUUUUGGUUAGUGGGUAUUUCCUGGGGAAAGCCUGGGAGCAGAUUACAGAUGAAUGGAAGCUGUGAAAUACCAAAGAUAUUGGUGAAGUGGAAACUAUCCUGUUUGUAUGAUAUUCAAGUUAAUUUUAAAGCACUGUUGAUAGCUAAACCAAGGCUAAUUUCUGGCUUUAAUUUCCAGCCUUUAGACAGCUGGCCAGACUGUAGGCUUUGUAUCAUUUUGACAUAAGAUUAUGAGGACUUUUCCUUAAACAAUCAAUUAUAUCCAGUUUUAGCAAGGACAGACUGCAAUCAUUUAACAAAUGCUGGUUGGAUGUCAGCUUUGUCAGUACUCUUUUACAAAGAAGUAAAAUACAUAACCUUCAUCCUACAGGGUGUUUUGAUUCAGUUGGGAAGAAUACGCUUAAGAUAGAAUUGGUCAUAUAAGUAAGGCAAUGUAAGUUAGUGUUAAGUUUAUAUUGCAGACUCUUAAGAGAGAAAAGUUACUGAGAAUUUGAGGCAGUUCAGAAAAUCCCAUGGAGAAAGGGAACAAGCUAAGGACCCUUGAGGGGCUGACAGUCUAGUUAACAAGAGAUUGCAUGAAUAGACAAAAUGUUAAGAGUAUUAUAUAUCAACAAGUUAAGUAACCAUUGAAAAAAAAUGUUACCAUGCAGAGCAUGACGUAGAACAAAGAUGUACAGAUAACCAUCAUCAUAUUUUGUAGAAAUUCAAAAAAGGAAAGCAGUCAUAUAAUGGCAUCAGACUAGAACGGAAAGGGAUAGAUUUUUAAAAAGGAUCCCUGCCUCUGGGUCAGCUGUUGGUAUAGGGAGAACCUUGCUGUUAACAAUCCUGGCAUACCUUUUGCCUUUCAACCUAAACUGUUUGUUACUUUUCUAGACUCAUUUAGAUAACCUGACUCAUUGUGGAUUCCACAGUGAAACACCAAUAGUAUUCUGGUUUUCAUCUCCCCUCUUUGGAAGCCUCACCUCUAGUGCCCUCCCUGUAUGUGGUGCUGUGUUCAGCACCUACCAUGGGCCUGCUUACCUCCCAGGAUUCCCCUCAGGCCUUGGACAUUAACUCCUGAAAGAACUUGUGAUAUACAGAACGGAGCAAGUGACAAGUAGGAUAGAAAACUAUUUAGAAUUUUUUGUUUAUAUGAAAAAUAAACACCUAAUCCAUUA